AAGAUACAAAUACCUAUCGUAAGGGCGAACGGACAAGUUAAAUUAUCUGCCCGUGAACUCAUCGCCUUGUUCCUCCAACAAGCCUGAACGCCCUGUUGCCAACAAGUCGCCCUCGCGUAGACAGCCUCUAACAUUCUGUUUCUCAUAAUGGCAUCAUCCCAAAUUUCUCCAGAGACCUUCCAUAUCCCACCCACCCCUCAUUCUCCAAAUUCUAAAUUCCCUGUCAUUGUGUAUAGAAACGCGCUGGAGAACAAAUCCUUGGAAGGUGCCUUAGAGGCGAUCAACACCUCGGAGUGGGUUAAAGGAGGACAUUGGAAAAUCGCCAACGAGACACUCGCAGCUACGCCCCAUUAUCAUUUGACUACACACGAGGCGUAUACUGUCUUACGGGGUAGUGGCACAUACGUCCUUGGGAAGUCUCCUUUGGAUGCAGAUACUGAUGAGCUCGGCAACCCCGUGGGUGUCGAAUUUGUUGCUCGUGCCGGAGACGUUUUUGCAUGGCCAGCAGGAGUGACACAUUUUGUCAAGGACACUGAGGAUGACUAUGAGGUAAUUGGGUUCUAUGCUUUGACGGGGUUCAACUCUAGGGAAGAGCCUUACGACAUGGAGUAUGCUUUGGAUUCUGUUGAGGAAACAGACGAGAAACGGUGGAGGUGUGAGAAGGUCCCUGGUCCAAUUAAGGACCCGCUAUAUGGAGAAGCAGGGCCAAUGCCUUCUCUUUGGAAGAGGAAUGAUUCUUGAUGCUCGCAAAUGUUUAUAUUAUGCACAAGCAAGAUAAGCUAGGCAAAGUAGUAUGCACAGCCUUUAAACUGACCAAGACUCAGCUGUCUCCAACUUCCAGUCUGAUCACCUUGGUCCUCUGCUGGCCGAUAAUCAGAUGUCUCCUGAAGCUGCUUGAAUUGAUACUAUCCAUCAGUUACGGGAAAAUCCCAGCCCAAACUCUCGGGAUCCAGCGAGUUAGCGAUAUCGAUCAGAAGGUCUGUGCUAAGCUCGGCAUCCAUCGCCAGGCCCUGUCCAAAUUCUAAGCCCAGGGCCUGAUUUGUUGGAUAUGAUGCGACGGUAUGAGUAGCUAGAAUGCCCUGUGUCGCGUGGACUCGGGUUGAAACUCCUUCAUCUGCACCCUCAGAGACGAUGAAGAUACCCAUCAAGCUGUCUUAGUUCUGAUGCA